AUGCAAAAGCAAACAAGCAACAUGUCGCAGUCUGAAUCCAACCCUUCCAAACAGACCAGUCAGAGCGUCUCCUCCAGCUCGAGUGCGGUUGAUGAUGGUGGUCAUUCUCGCUUCACUUUUGUCACUGAAAAAAACCAACCAGGAGCACGUACUCAUGCUAUGCGAGCGCACUGGCAGGAGCGACGCCGUCGAAAUCAAGCGGGAAGAGUGCACGAUCGAACGAAGCGACCAUUACGAUCUAAGCCCGAUGCAUCGGGGUCUGGAAGUGCUAGCCAAGAUGAACAUAUGCAGUCCACAACUGGGGGUACCCCGAUACAGGAUAGUAUACCUGAUUUACAGGAUCCGUUUUCCUAUAUGAAUCUGUUUAGCGUGGACGAGCAACGACAAUACAGUCCGAAGGAGAAGGAUCCGAUGUCAUAUAUUGCUCCGGGCCUAUUACAAGGUGUCCCGGCCCAGAUUCUAACUGGAGUGAACUUCGCUUUGGGCUCAUCAAGGCUGGAUCCAUUUGAUGUUUUCCCCGUGACUCUUACUACCGAGCAUCACAAACUGAUUCAUCAUUGGAUAACCACGCAUGCGACGAUGAUGUUUGAGGAGAUGCCUACAUCGGAUUUCAAUCCUAUGCGGGACGUCUGGUUUCCACUCGAUCUCUCCAAUGCCGCUUGCUUUAAUGUAAUCAUGGCCCAUUCCGCAGCCCAUCUAGCAUACUUUUAUGACGGAACGACACCUACUCGUGGAACGAAUUCUUUCGAAGCUUUAAAAUACAAGUCAGAAGCACUUGAGAUACUGAAUCAAUGGUUUAACGAUCCGAUUCGGGCGUUGAGUAACGAUACAUUCGCGGCUGUUGUGCGGCUGCUCACAUUUGAGAGAUACUGGGGCACGGAAGAAGGGUGGCAGGUCCAUCGAGACGGUCUACAGCGGAUGAUUGAAGUGAAAGGAGGUGUCCACAAGCUCCACGAUGACUGGAGACUAGAAUUGGUCGUCGGGUUGGUUUCACUCAUGACCCAUCCAUCCUGGUUUUCGCCCACAAACGAUAUCUCCAGCAUCUCGUCUCCGAACUUUCUAGUUACCGAUAUCAAACGCAUGCGUUCUUUAUGGCUCAUAUCUUUCAUCCAAGAUAUGCGUAAUUUGGUGAGCAUGUCGUUGCAACUAUAUCGAGAUGGGCUUUCGAUGUUCCCUGCGUUGUAUGAUGCAGUUUUGUUCAUCCGGGCCGAUUUUGAUACGAGUGUCACCUUUUCCUCGGCGUCUUCUCCGCUGAAGACGACAUACUCCAACUCGGACUACGAUAGGCUUGCAGCAGUGUUUUCCAUCUGCCUCAUGCUCCAGGAAUCAGUGUCUGUAACCUUUGGAUCUCCAGCGGUAAUGGCCACCAGCAACGACAAAAAUGCCUUGGCCGUGCUCAACAUGUCGCUCUUUUCCGCGCCCGAUACAUGGAAAACGUCUGUUUACGCUUUGCGGUCCUUUCUGGAUGCCCAUUUUCUACAAUUUUACGUUGCUGGUGCGCAAAAAAUCAACUAUGUGGUGCAAAUGACAGACAUUGUGGGUCAUUUGAGCUUGGAGGCCCACCGAGGGAUUGAAAAGUGUCUGCUCAACAUGCUCUGUCGGACGAGAUAUGGACGGCUGGUUUACCGGGCAGAUGACGGUGCAACACCGGACUCGCUGUUGUCUUCUCUCCAUGGACAGCGCUCGUCCGGGUUGUCGGACGAGACUGAAGUUCCCUUGGGGUCGUCUCGCAUCUCUGCCGACACCGGCCAUGGAGACAGCAUCCCCAACGCUCAGUUGGAAACGCUGCGGUCGCAGAUAGCCGCGCCCGCCGCCAGCAUCGAUUUUCGUCCAAACAACAGUCGUCACAACAGCAACAACAGUAACAACUCGCUCUCAUUGUCCACUCCGCGGUCGAGAAACUCGAGCGCCAUCCGCAAUUCCUUUCCUCCCUCUCCAUCGCAUGCCUCCUCCGCGCCUCCUACGCCGACGUCUACCACAAAGUCCGACAUGAUCCCGAUGGCCUCGCGGCAGCUCUCCUCUGAGAGUUUGCCCGAGGACCAGCGCAGUCGGCAAUUUCGGCUUCGCAGCCCUUGGUCGCUGUCAAUUCUCGUGCUGUCCACGGCUCUGGCCGGCGUCUUCUUUUUCCUCUACAUCAUGCAUUCCUUUGUGCAGCGGCCGCUUGGCGUCAACGGCUGUCAGGUUUCGAUGAUGAGUCCGACGUAUUUGAAGAUGUUGGGGUUCGACACGGAACACACCCGUUUUGCCAGCAAAUACAAUUUAUAUCUCUAUCGCGAAGAAGGCGUUGAUUACUAUUCGCAAGACAACAUCGGGCUUAGCGGUGCCCCAGUCCUCUUUCUCCCCGGAAAUGCCGGUAGCUAUAAACAAGUACGAUCGUUGGCUUCUGAAGCUUCGAGGCAUUUUCGCCAUGUCAUACUGCAAGAUGGAGAGCGGUUAAACGCCGGAGCUCGCAACUUGGAUUUCUUCAUGGUCGACUUCAACGAGGACCUGGCUGCUUUCCAUGGGCAGACUAUUCUCGACCAGGCCGAGUACGUCAACGAAGCUCUAGCUUAUAUUCUUUCGCUCUACCAUGAUCCCCGCCGAUUGAACCGCGAUUCGGAUCUUCCCGAUCCCAGCUCUGUCAUCCUAAUUGGGCAUUCAAUGGGCGGUGUUGUUGCCCGGACUGCAUUGACAAUGGCCAACUACCAAGCCAACUCGGUCAACACAAUUAUCACCAUGUCUGCGCCCCACGCAAAGCCUCCCGUGUCCUUUGACUCGGACAUGGUCCAUACAUACAAACAGGUCAACGACUACUGGAGAGGAGCGUAUUCGCAGGAAUGGGCUAAUAACAAUCCUCUGUGGCAUGUGACGCUGGUUUCAAUAGCGGGAGGCGCGCGGGAUACAGUUGUGCCGUCAGACUAUGCCAGUCUCUCCUCUCUUGUCCCUGAAACCCACGGAUUCACUGUCUUUACGUCGACUAUACCCGACGUUUGGGUGGGCACCGAUCAUCUGUCGAUCACGUGGUGUGACCAAUUCCGCAAAGCAGUCAUCAAGUCGCUUUAUGAGGUGGUUGAUGUCCAUCGCUCUAGCCAAACGCGGCCUCGGGCUGAUCGAAUGCGUGUUUUCAAGAAAUGGUUCUUGACUGGCAUGGAACCUACCGCCGAGCGAACCCUGCCUCAGCAAGAACCAAAUACACUUCUCACGUUAGAUUCGAGCACUAACAAGAUACUAGCUCAAGGCGAGCGACUCGUUCUGCGUAGAUUGGGAAAUCAAAAGGAACCAGAAGCCCACUUAAUGCCGGUUCCACCUCAAGGCGUAUCGGGCAAAAAAUUCACACUCCUCACAGACCGACCGUUUGACAAGGCCGAAGGGAACUUGGAGGUUCUCUUUUGUACUAUUUAUCCGCUGCAAGUCGGGCGCGCAGCGUCGUCUUUCUCGACAAACCUAGACUUUUCCCGUGGUGGCUCUGGAUCGACUCGAUUGGCAUGCAAGAAUGCUGCUCCUGACAGGAUACAUCUCCCCGCGUCUACGCCUUCUUCGCAGGAAGCCUUUGAUCUGCGCCAGCCAUUCUCGUACCUUCAAUACGAUCUGGAGGACCUCGCUGAACACCAAUUUGUCGCAGUGAUUGAUAAAGCCCAAGAUCAUACUGAUGGCUGGGUCAUAGCUGAAUUCUCGGACAGUUCGGACGCGGUGAUCCCUACUCGUGUCGGACUGGGUCGUCUUCUUAGCGCCGGACUUCAUGUGAAACUGCCUGCCAAUCGACCAAUGCUGACGGAAGUGAAGAUUCCCUCGUUGCAUUCCAGUUUGUUGGCGUAUAAACUCUCAGUGCGAACUAACAAGUGUACUGACCCGACUCCACUGUUUUCACCUCUAUUGCGCCAGUCCAUGCCCGAGCCGCAUGAGUCCAAGUUCUUUGUCAAUCUGCACGACGUGAACGUGAAUCUACAUGGUGUUGCGCCGUAUAUGCCUCCGCCUCUGCGAGAGCAGGCUGCGUAUGGGGUAUCGUUCCAUCUGUGGUCCGACCCAACGUGUUCAUCCAGCGUUGAUCUAUCUUUGGCAGUGGACAUUCCGAACAGCUUCGGCGAGCUAGUCAUGCGAUACAGGACUCUUUUCACCGCUUUUCCCCUGUUUGUUGUCGCUCUUGUCUUGCGAAAACAGUUCAAAGUGUAUGACGACACGGGAUAUUUUAUCACAUUUAUGGAAAGUCUGAAUGCAUGCCUUCGGUCAUCCUUGCCGUUAGUGCUGGGCGUUUUGUCGCUUCUGGCAUCCUCUUUGGCUUCUACAAGACGACUGCCUCCGAGUGACGACCCGUUUCACUGGCGGAGCAACUCGACUGAGACUGCGGUUGACUUUACAAAACACGACCUGCUUCUCGGUGCACAGGAUGCGUUUUUCUGGUUCCUCGUGCCGCUGUUUGGAUUGAUCAGCAUUGGUAUUUGCGUGGUCGUCAAUUACGUUUCAUUGGUGCUCCUGACGCUGCUCUCGUCGGUGUAUGGGUUGCUUCGGACAAAAACGGGCUAUAUCCGUCGUGACGAUCGAGGGAACACUCCAAUAUUUUCGCAUCCCAGUCCGCGGCGCAGGAUGAUUAAUGCGACGAUUCUUCUUGUCCUUGUGGCCACGGUUAUCCCGUAUCAGUUUGCGUACAUGGUGGCAUGCUUGGUGCAGCUGUCAACGUGCGCGCGGGCACUGUGGUAUUUCAAAGAGACACGCCUGGCGGUUAACUCGAGCUUUUUCAACUACGCGCACUCGAUCCUGACGCUCAUGUUUACAUUGGCUAACGCCGUUUUCGUCGCACCACAAUGUACUAUCGAUAAUGCCAUUUUUGAUACUGGUCGAGACGAUGACGAGUGGGCACAUGAUUCCACGUAUUUUUUCACGACUAACGAGCGCAGAGUCAAAUAUGUCACAUAUAUCAUUCUCUUCUGCCUGGCAGGCUAUUCGGCCGUGUAUGGCGUUACGUUUGCAUACCUACUCCACCAUAUCGCUAAUAUCUUUUCCGCAUGGCUGGUGAUGCUCUAUCUCGUUUCUGGCGGGUUUUCGAUUCGCCGUAUAUUUCGCAUUCUGGAAGGUGAUGAUAAUACGAGCCUAUCUGCGAAUGGGAAACAUAAGAAGAAACCUUGA